AUGAUUGUAAUUCUGCUGGUGUCUAUGUCCAUGGUGGUGUACAGUGGUGGCCAAGAACUGGAGCCGCCUGCACUCCUGCCAGAGCUGCUUAACACACCUGAAAGAAUCUUGAGCAAUGCCACACUCUUCAAUGGAGUCUUUCAAAAUGUGGAAAGUGUUGCAUUAUUUUUUGACUGCCUGGGCUCUCACUUCACCUGGAUACAGUCCAUCUUCACUAACUUCCCUGCCCUUCUCAACUUUGUGAACAAAAUGAAGUGUGUCACUGGGUUUUGUCCCAGGGAUUUUGAGGACUAUGGUUGCUCUUGCCGGUUUGAGAUGGAAGGGCUCCCCGUGGAUGGAGCUGAUGAAUGCUGUUUUCAGCACCGCAAAUGCUACGAGGAAGCGCUGGAGAUGGAGUGCACGUGGGACCCAUCAAAGAUUGCUGCAGAUUUCAGCUGCUCUGCUAAAAACCUGACCUGUGAAUCUGUGGAUCCCUGUGAACAGUUCCUCUGCACCUGCGACAAAGAUGCCAUUGAAUGCUUUGUGAAUGCACAGAUUAACUCCUCCUUGAAUGGGCUGGAUGUCUCCUCCUGCCCAUCUCCAGUUACAGAGUUGGUUCAUCAAGAGACUGAUGAAAUACAGGCUGUGACUGCAUCUGUGGAAGAAGUGGUUUCUUUGAAGCCCCGUGACAUACUCUUGGCAACUUCCAAAGCCAGAGUUACCUCAAGGGACCACAGAGGCACAGCUCCUGCUUCCCCCAUCCUCUCAAUAAAAGAAGAAGAUGGAUUUAUGGAAGGUUUGGUCUCAGUGGAAGAGAUAAUCACCUCCCCAGCCUCAUUCCUGGGAGAUAGCAACUCAAUGCAAGUCAAAAUUGUCCCCACCAACAAGAGUCCUGCAGGCACACCUGCAAGGACAAAAGGAAAAGAGACAGGCCCUGCAAGGGGUGGCCUGAGCACAGCCUCCUCUGGAAUAGCUCUGGACCUGGGACUGUCUGAGAGAGGACCUGCAGGAAAAGCGUGCGAGCGAUUGACCUUUCUGCAAGACAGAGGGCGUGGAAGAGUGCAGAGGGAGCUGCCCCAGCUGGGAGAAAUGCUGUUCUGUUUAACUGAGCGAUGCCCAGAGGAAUUUGAGUCUUAUGGCUGCUAUUGUGGCCAAGAGGGAAGAGGUGAUCCCACCGAUGCACUGGACAGAUGCUGCUUCUCUCAUCACUGCUGUAUGGAGCAAGUUAAGAAACUUGGAUGUCAUGAAGAAAGAAGUUUGAGAUCUGAUGUUGUAUGUUUUGAUCACACGCCAAAAUGCAUUGGCUGGAGCACAUGUGAGAAGCUCCUCUGUGCCUGUGACAAGGCUGCAGCUGAGUGCAUGGCUUCUGCCUUCUUCAACGAGAGCCUGAAGCUUCCCCACGGGCAGGAGUGCCGAGAGGAGAAGCUCCCCUGCCCAGGUGACCCUGCUGAAAGGCCUCCAACAGGCACAGAAACAGGCACAGGGGGUUCCAGCUCCCAGGAAAGCAGUGAGGAGGAAGGAGCCCUGCGGAGCGGAUUCCGAAGAGCCAAGAGAGGGACAAAGCGUCUCACUGGGAACUCCAGAACUGUGGGACACGAGGGCAGAUAA